GAAGAGCGGGAGCGAGAACGUGAGAGGAUUCGUCAAACAAAUAUGGAGAUCGAAUUCCGACUUUGUCCUGUGAAAGAAUUGAUGUUAGGAGAAGGAAGACAUUCAGAUGUUUAUUUGGGCGCUUAUCGAGUCAAAGAAGAGGUGAAGAAUCCUUCCUUUGAGGUUGACGAAGAUGAAGAUCAUGAGUGGCGAUUAUGUGCGAUGAAAAGACCACAUGCUGAUAGACAAUCACAAUUGCUUGCUCUGGAAGAGGCAUUUGCCUUGCGAAGACUGGGACCGCAUCCGAAUAUCAUACGUUUGAUCAAGAUUCGAGACGAAAUCGAUGGAGGUGCAGGAGUAUUACGUCAAGCUGAGACAGACACUUCACGAAAUGACGCACCACGGUUGUUGAUGCUAUUGGAACUUUUGCCUUUUAGUCUGUCAUCAUUUUCUCGACGCAACCCUGAAUUGGUCGAUUACAAACAAUGGCGAACGUGGGCGUUGGAAUUGGCAGGCGUUGUGGAAUGGAUGCAUUCGCGUGGAUGUAUUCAUGCUGAUUUGAAACCGGAGAAUAUCUUGUUGACUUCUGAUCUUCAUGUGAAGUUGUGCGAUUUCAAUUCGGCAUUAUUCCCAAAUGCAUCUACUCCAUUAAUGGAUGGCAUUGGUCUUGGAACUCCAGCUUAUGGAGCACCAGAACUAUCGCGAUCUCUCAACAAAUCAUCUGAUUCCAGCAAAGGGUUCAGUUAUCCUGUUGACAUUUGGAGUUUAGGUGCGAUCCUAUAUACUCUGGCAACGGGUACCGAACCUUUCAGAAGGGCAAGAUCGAUGAUUGAUAUGGUUUAUCGCAAAAGGGUAUUCUUUGAAUCAGAAGAGAAUGAUCGUGUUGCCCGAAUGAGUGUUGCAGAAGGAUCCAGUACGGCAGGUCCAGCAAGCUAUUAUUCUGGUACGAUUGCAGGUAACCAAGGAAGCUUACCGACAAGUCGCAAGAGUAGCAUCCGUGGUAGAAAGAGUGACGGCUCAGGCAUGGCAAAUACUUCCACAUCUACACCUUUGCGCUCACAAGCAUAUAGUAUGCACAAACGAGCUCCGAGCACAGAAAGUGUCUCGAGUAUUAAUAAAACUCAAAUGGAAAGAACCACGUCAAGAGAAUCUUUAUCGAGCUUGAAUGGAGAGUCGCCCCGUGUUUCAAUCUCACCUCCAUCCUCCCUCUCCAGAAAGACUGGCGAAAAUGCUGAAUUACGAUUAGCAGUAGCCGCUGCAUUUGCACGAUCUACCAAUUAUGCACCGCCUUCAAACUCAACAACUUCCAAGAAUACCACAAUCAAAGAUCUUCGAAAGAUGAGUGGAGACAUGUCCUCUUUCUCACUUCAAGAUCGCAGUCAAAGCCAUACUGGAUAUGGACACGAACAAGAAUCGUACGAAGAACAAGAAGAUCUAAGGGCAUAUCAUGAUGGAACGCCUGCUCUGCUCUUACCUGGCGGUGGUAGAUUGCCUGAUCAAGCAAGAAAUUUGCUCGAAAGGAUGCUAAGAACUGAUCCUGCUCAACGUCCAACAGCGUCGCAGGUUCGAGCUGUUUUGGAAUCUCUAUGACAUAAAAUAAUGCAACCUUACUUGCUAUAUAUCAUCUUUUCCUUUAUUCUAUGCUUUCAUCUUCAUCUCCGUAAAGGUUUUUACUUUCAAAUAUUUGUACUUGUAUGAUCAAUGUAUCAAUCUCAU